AUUGCCUAAUUAGCUUGAGAGAAUAUGGAGACAGAAAGCCAGCUCCAAGUUUCAUCAAACUCAGGACAACCCAAAGAAGGAACCUCUUUUUUCAAAGCUUGUUUCAAUGGUAUCAACACUUUGGCAGGAAUUGGGAUGCUCUCAAUGCCAUAUGCAGUUUCUGAAGGAGGGUGGUUGAGUUUUAUGAUGCUAUUUAUUUUUGCCAUGAUAUGUUGGUACACUGCUUUACUUCUAGAAAGGUGUAUGAAUGAACAACCAUUAAUCAAAUCCUAUGUUGAUAUAGGUCAGGUUGCUUUUGGUUACAAAGGAAGAGCUGUGAUAGCAAGUUUUAUAUAUUUAGAGUUAUUUUUAAUUGCUGUUGAGCUUCUUAUAUUAGAAGGUGACAAUUUGGAGAAGUUGUUUCCAAAUAUGAGCCUUACAAUUAUUGGAUUUAAAAUUGGAAGUAAAACAGGUUUUGUGUUAAUCACAGCUUUGGUAGUAUUACCAACAACUUGGUUGAGAAGUUUAGGAGCUUUGGCCUACAUAUCUGUUGGUGGUAUAUUUGCUUCUGUUAUUUUAAUUGGUUGUGUUUUGUGGGUGGGAGAAGUUGAUGGUGUUGGAUUUCAUGAAAGAGGGAAAUUAGUAAAUUUGGAAGGAUUAUCUACUGCUAUGAGCCUUUUUGCUUUUUGUUACUGUGCUCAUGCAUUAUUGCCAACAAUAUGCAAUUCUAUGAAAGAUAGAAAGCAAUUCUCCAAGGUUUUGCUGGUUUGUUUUGUUGCAAGCACAAUUAUCUAUGGAACUGUAGCAGUUUUAGGCUACAGGAUGUUUGGAGAUCAUUUGAAGUCUCAGAUCACAUUAAAUCUACCAACAAAUACAAUAAGUACAAAAAUAGCUAUAUAUACCACAGUAAUUAAUCCUUUCACUAAGUAUCCUAUUGUAAUCACUCCAAUAACCAAUGCCAUAGAGGAAAAAUGGCAUCUAUGCAAGAGCAGACCAAUUAGCAUUCUCUUUAGAACAACCAUUGUGGUCAGCAGUGUACUUGUGGCACUAUUUGUUCCAUUUUUUGGGUACAUUAUGGCGUUUAUUGGUGCUUUCUUGAGUGUGGCAAUCUCAUUGUUGUUUCCUUGCCUUUGCUACUUAAAGAUUCACAAAGCUGCUAGGCGAUUUGGGUUAGAGUUGAUCAUUAUCAUAGGAAUUCUGAUCAUUGGUACACUUAUUGGAAUACAUGGUACCUACAUUUCACUUGUGAAAAUAGCAAAAAAUAUAAAGUCAUGAUGAAGGUUAUAUAUGCUUACAGUGUCUGAAAAACUAUUUUGGUAACUCUAUUACUGAUGUACAAUGGCAACUAAUGAAAUACAUUUGUCGUUAAUUUACUUUUUGUUGAUGAAAUAAAAGAGAUAAAGGGAGUCUGCUUGUGCCAUUUGAUGCAUAUAAUAUCAUCUUAGUUCCAAUGUGACUUGCAAUGUAAGCAUUUUUUCUUUAUUUAUCAUAUAAUA